AUGGAUCGGAUCGACAAGUCCCCGCCCAGGUUUGCGGACAUGGAGUUCACGGAUGCGUCGCCUACAAGAGGCCGAUACACUUUCUGGGAGCUUCAUCGAAUGCUGGCGGAAUGUUACGAGACGGACGUAGCUACCAGCUCAAUUGCUCCCGGACGAGUCAGCUGGACUGAAAGGAGCAACUCCAUUCAUCGCGGGAGGAAGGGACGCUCGCACAGCGUCAAGAGGGACAGAAGGCCGUCACUGGAGGUAACGGUGGUCCACCCGCCGAAGCCGCCCCCCCCGACCCAAGAGCUUCCGCCUUCCCCACCCCUAGAUCCGAUCCUCUGCCAGUCGGUAACUCCAGACAGUUCCAGUGAGAAACCUGCCAAUGCUGCCCGCAGAAGCUUCGUCCAAACGCUGCGUGAUCUGCAUGGGUUGGGAAGCGGAGACAAUGAUGUCGACGUGGCGAGCCUUCAACUGCACUGCCAUGACUGCUGGCAAACCCGGUUGGAGAAGAAGGUCAUCACCACCAUGCGGUCCCAGUUUAUCUCCGCGGAUGCCUCGUACCAGUCCUCGGCACAGUCCCACAUCGUGGCUGUUGACACAGACUCUGACACGAAGCCGCGGACGCGGGCCUGCAUGCUCCAUCCCAGUGGCGGCCUCCGCACUUCUUGGAACCUCCUGGUUCCCGGCCGGGGUUCUUUGAUGGGUUGGGGGUUCCUUUCAGGGGGUUUAGGGUUCCUUCAUGUUAAGGGAUUUAGUUAA